CUGAGGGCUCAGAACUAAACAUGCUAUGUGGUUAGAGGAAAUUUCUGUGGCUUUACAAGCCUCUUAGAGAUUUCAUGUGUUAACAGUAGUGAUUCCAAGGGAUAGUGUGGGGGCCAGAUAUAAAUAGCAGAACACAAAUGGGGUAAUGUGCCACUGCCAAGCUACUGCUGGGGGUGUUUAUAAAAAGAAAAGCAUUCCCUUCUCAGCUCUCAGUGUCAACAACCUCCCAUCCUGAAGACACAUUCACCACAACUGAGAGAGUGGGGAAACAGUUUGAGACCUAGCAUCAUUUAAACCUUCUCCACAGGCAGAAAGCCAGAAGAGAAAAAUGAAGACAGGAUAUUUUGCAGUGGUUACCGUGCUGCUGGCACCUAUGAUUCUAAUGGACAUCUUCCAGGUAAAGGCUGAAAUAUUAGACAUGGCAGAUAAUGCAUUUGAUGACGAAUACCUGAAAUGCACUGACAGGAUGGAAAUCAAGUAUGUUCCCCAACUGCUCAAGGAGGAAAAAACAAGCCUCCAGCUUUUGGAAGAUGUGUGGGAAAAUGCAAAAGCCAAGUGGGAAGUUCGGAAGACUCAGCUCUUUCUCCCUGUGAGUUUUAAGGAUAACCAUGGAAUAGCCCUGAUGGCAUAUAUUUCUGAAGCUCAAGAGCAAACUUCCUUUUACCGUCUGUUCAGUGAAGCUGUGAAAAUGGCUGGCCAAUCUCGAAAAGAUUACAUCUAUGGCUUCCAGUUCAAAGCUUUUCAUUUUUACCUGACAAAAGCCCUGCAGUUGCUGAGAAGAUCUUGUGAGGACAGUUACAAAAAUGUGGUGUACAGCAUAAACCAGAAUACAUCAUUUACUUUUGGAGGGCUGAACCAAGCCAGAUUUGGCCAUUUUACCUUGGCAUAUUCAGCCAAACCUCAAGCUGCUAAUGACCAAGUUCUGUUAACCAUCCACACAUGCUUUGGAGUUGCCAUUGAAAAUUUUUUUGAUAAAGAAAGUGAAAGAAUUAUUUUAAUACCUCUGAACGAGAUUUUUCACGUGUCACAGAAUGAGGCUGGCAAUAACCUUAUCCUUCAAAGCACAAACAAGACCUGCAGCCAUUAUGAGUGUGCAUUUCUAGGUGGACUGAAAACUGCAAAUUGUGUUGAGAACAUGGAAUAUUUUCAACCUAUCUAUGUCUACAAUCCUGAUGAGAAAAACCAGAAGCUUGAAGACCCUGGAAUGAAAAACCAGGAGUCCACCGACUUACCUGGUAUGAAGGGCCAAGAAGCCACCCAAAUACCUGGAGUGAAAAUUCCAGAAACUUUUUCAUUACCUGGAACAAAAAUGUUACAACCGGAUGAAAAACCUGAAGAUGAAAGUCAAGCUAUCAACAAUCCUACUCCAGCUCCAGCUCCAGCUCCAGUUCCAGGUCCCAAAACCCAUCCCUCUGCAUCUUCUGGCAAAAUGCUCCUUCCAAUAUUUGGAACAUUCAUCACUUUAAUCAGUGGUUCUGCUAUAAAUCUCUUUGUUGCUCUGUAGUCUGAUACAUUUCUUUAUUUCCUGAAAUACACUACAGGCAUCCCGCAG